ACAUGUCAUGUAGAUAAAUGUGAGGGAUUUUCUCUCUAAAUCCGUCUCCUGUUCGCUAAAUCUCACUUCUCCAAAACGAGCCUGCGCAAUGGAACAAAGUCGGAAUAUUGAGAUGUGACAUUGCCUGCAUCUCAUCCUCUUUCUCGCUGUUUUAAUGACUUCAAACAAGUUCAUUUUUGCUGGGCUUUGUCGUACGGAGACCAGUGGGGAUGUCUAGCGGUCAUUUCUUUCAGUGGCGUUUAUGUGAUGUCUUCAAGUGUGCGAUGUGCUGUUUCUCCUGUAUCCACACCCUCUCACUGCUGUUGUGCGUCCUAACCCUGACUCCGGCGGCAACAGGGGCGGGGCCCGAGACCCUGUGUGGGGCGGAGCUGGUGGACACGCUGCAGUUUGUGUGCGGCGACAGAGGCUUUUAUUUCAGUAAACCAACAGGCUACGGCCCCAGUUCACGGCGGUCACAUAACCGCGGUAUUGUGGACGAGUGCUGCUUCCAGAGCUGUGAGCUGCGGCGGCUCGAGAUGUACUGUGCGCCAGUCAAGUCUGGCAAGGCAGCUCGCUCUGUGCGCGCACAGCGCCACACCGACAUGCCAAGAACACCCAAGGUUAGUACUGCUGCCCAAAGAGUGGACAGAGGCACAGAGCGUAGGACAGCACCAGACAAGACAAAAAACAAGAAAACUGUAUCUGGACAUAGUCACUCAUCUUGCAAGGGCGAGGAACCAUCUAACAACAAGGAGGUACAUCCGAGGAACUCAAGUCGAGGAAAUACAGGAGGCAGAAACUACCGAAUGUAGAAGAUGGAAGCAAAUGGAGAAGCAAACAGUGGAGACUUAGAACAAAAGGGUGUGGCCUUAUCUGGUGCCCCUGUGGAAUGGUUCACUGUAAAACAAAAAAAGGUAGACAAUGGUCAGGCUAAUGGUAAGCUCUUUGUGUAAUGAAAAACUGAGAAUUGUCCUGGGGAUACAAGAGAGGUAUUAUGAUUAUUUUAUACAUUGCACCAUUCCAUAUUGGCAGGAAUUUGAUUCUUUGUCAAUCAAUGUAUCAGACUAGUUUAGCUGCUGACACAUCAAAGAGCUUCUUCUUCUUGUACCUCCAUGUGUGAGCUGAGAUGUAGUGCCCCUGGUGGCCUCUAAUAGGCUCUGUGCUGAGUACAGACAAUAGGAGGAGAGCCAGAAGACAGCUGUAUUACUUGGCUGUGUAUGGGAGCCAGUGGUCCUUCCUCUUUACCCGAACUCUGAAAGGUUUAACUUUACACUGAGAGGUCGAGCUGUGUGAGGUAGUAGGGUUAUUCAAUAAGUAAUCCACCCCAUUCUUAUCUAACAACCACAGCAUUGAUAAUCUCUUCAAAUUUUAAGACAACAUUAUUUCUGGCCAAUAAUGGAUUUCACACUUGUCAAGGGCAAUGCAUUUACUAUCGUCUAAUUUAACUGUCAAUAAGCAAAAAAAACAUGCAACUGUAUUAAAGAAACCUAGUGUUAAAGGAAAAUAAUAUGAACACAGACCCAUCCUAAUGAAUCUUCUUAUACUCCAUUCCAGUGAAACUGACAGUAGAGGUAUAUAUAGUGUCCUGUAAACAGAAAUAUGACUCGUUCUGAGGAGUUCUGGUACUACAUUUUUUAUUUAAAUUUUACACUAAAGAUUUGCAGGAAAUUCCCUGUGUCUAAUAUAUGGUCUUAUAAAAGAAAUGCAGAGGAGAGGUCAGAGUGGGUCUAACAAUAGUCACCUACAGGAAGAUGAUAAAUGAUUGAUUUUUGUAUUUUGUUAGCUUAGGGAGAGACCUUUGCUUCUUCUGUACAAACAUGGACUGCAUGGAUGUUCAAUUUAAAAAGUGAAAAAUGUACAGCAUCCAAACACACUCAACACAUCUAAACAGUGCAUUUCACUCAAGUAGAUUAAAUGUAGCUCAGACGUACAUACACUUACAUACACACACAUACACACACAUACACACACAUAUACACACAUGCACAUGUCCGUUUUUUUCUCUAAGCCACUCAGAGCUCUUGUGAGCAAGGUUCACAGACACACAAACACACACACACACACAUAAACACAUACUCGUUCCACCAAACCCUUUUCAGAGAAUUCCUGUAUUUGCGUCAGGAUGUCCGUCAUGGCUGUUUACACAAGCCUACAUGUGGAUGGCCAACAGCUAUAAUGUAGUAUUUUAGUCACCUGACAACCCAUCACACACUUGACACCGUCUCCUCUGUGUAUAAUCAAUCAAUAUUCCCAUUUAUGUUAUCCUAUGCAUUCUUUUACUAUCAUUGUACAUGAUGGUAUCUUAUAGCAAAACCGUAUUAAGAAAAUCCUAUCCACUGUAUAAUGGUGCUAUUUUGUAGUUUGUUACUUGCAAGGGUGGGCUAAAACAGCGGGCUAAAACAGUGGGCUAAAACAGGAAGAGAGAGAUGGCAAAGCUUAAUGUUGGAGGUCUUCCCUUUUGCACAGCCUUGUGGCCACCAUUUUAUUAAUAGUGUUUUUAUUUGUAAGCUAUUUCAGUAAGGUAGUGUAAGCGAGCAAAUGUAUCUGUGUGAAAUCUGUGAAUGCAUGGAAAAACUUAUCAUGUUGUGGUCCCAAGAAGGCAGAACGCUAUUUUUUCUACUGUUUUUAAAUUAUUGUUAUUACUCAAUAUAGAUCCCUAUGCCAAAUAACUUGACAAAAAGAACUGUGAACUCUGUGAUCCUCCAAUAAUAUAAAUAUGCAAUGUACUUUUGUUCGCCCUAAAUAAACCUAUAAAUCUAUGUACAUGCACCACAUUGAUGAUCAGAAAGCCAAGGCAUUAACUUUCGCAAAUAUGUAUGAAUUAAAGUUUAUUGAUUUGUUUUGCAAAAAAAUAAAAAAACUCAGCUCCCCACACAGUAAGAAAAAUGGUAUUCCAGUUAUUAGGAGAAAAAUGGUAUUCCAGUUAUUAGGAGAAAAAUGGUAUUCCAGUUAUUAUCAUUACCCUCGCUUGAGGGACUGCAGACGGAAUGAGCUGUUGGCUAAAUCUGGUACAACGCAGCAUUUCUCAAGUGUGCUGAGUCUGUUUUGUUGUACAUUGUCCUUGUUCAAAUAAACAUAUUACUGUUAUUAUUAUUAUUACAAUUUUGAGUUGCUAAUGCAUUUGGUCAUCAAUAAAAUGGGAUGGAACUAUUAAAAGUAUUGACAGUGAAAGAAUUUAAUUGACACGCUUGCCCUCAAGAAUGGCUCAUGUGGAACUAAUGUCGUUACAUCAAUCAGCAAGCAACGGGUGCAAUUAUCAUGACACACAAUAUGCAGCAGCUUAUGUGUACCAUUUCUCGUUAAGAAUCCAUCUGGUGUUACAUACACAUUACAUACAAGUUACAACCACAUAGGUGUGGAUAACAGUGUGGGUGAAGUGAAAGCCAGUAUGAGCUCUUCGGUCACGUCACAUUUGACCCUUCAUAAAAUGAAUGUGGUUCUAGACAAGGUAGUUGAACCUGUGGUAAGAAAACGAUUGUCCUUCACUGUAAAUUCAAUAAACUGAUACAAAAGGUCAUAGCUUGAUGAAAACAACUCCAUUAAGCUUGCAUUGUCAGCUUUGUAUUUAAGAAAAUUAAGUUAAGCUGACAACUGUUCAUACUAAGCUAUCAAAUGUUCAGUCUGCAUCCAUCUGGAUCUGCUGCUCAGCUAUGUUAUUGCUGCUGGAGAGGUGCUAGUGUAAGUCCCAUUCAUUCCCUGAGGCAUGUGCUGCUCAGACUGACAGGUUCAGAUAGUUUUCAUUAAAACAAUAAGUUAGAAUUUACAUGUUGGACAUUGUCGGACUGUCAAUAUGCAGGAAUAAAGGAUAAAAUUGGUGGCCUCUUGAGAGGCAACAAGAGAAUAAAGAGGAUGAUAGAAUUUUGACAGAUUUUUUGUCACAUUCUUUGUCACAAUUAGCACAUUUUGAAUUUCAUAUUGAAACCUGUCUAUUAUCUAGUACCAGAAAUAGGAAUACAUUUUAAUUGAUUAUCAAGGGAUUGUUAAGCCCAACAUCUAAGAAUCUGUUUAAUCACAGCGCUGUUGUUUCUGGUGCUCGAUUGCCUUCUGUAUACAAUUUUUAAAUACUGACAGAUUGUUCACCAUUCCUGCUGAA